AUGUGUGUGAGGAUCGAAGACCAUUGCACAACAAAGCUCAGUCAUAAGGAAUGGCGUAAAAUCGCGAAGAAGAUGCGUCGCAGCCGAUUACGACGAGCGGCUGCGCAAGAACGUGACGUGAACGAAGAACAGGUUAGGACAAGAUUGGAGAGCAACGCGGAAUAUUUGAACUGGCGCAUAGAACAUGAAAAGCAGCAAGCGGAAAGAGAAGCACGAGAACGUGAGGAACACGCGGAACGAGAGAGACUCUGGUUAGAAGAAGAGGAACAAGCGCGCAAGGAAAUUAAUGACUAUAUUGAUAAUGGAAUAAAAACACCUGAAAUCUUAAGAGAACUUCUCGAUAGUAAACCUAAUAAAGAGCUUUGCCUAUUUUUCACAAAAACUGGUGUUUGCAAAUAUGGUGACGCAUGUUCCAAAAAUCAUCGUAGAGUUUUACUUAGCAAGAAGAUACUGAUACCCGGAUUUUACUCACAUUUUUCAUUAGAAAAGAAUUCUGCUGAAUAUGAUACCGAUGUAGCCCUCGAAUUUGAAAGCUCGGAAAGGCGACGCCACUUCCGUGAAUUCUUUGACGAUGUUGUGAAGGAAUUGGAAACAUUUGGCAAGAUCGCGACGUUCAAGUGUUGUUGCAACAUUGAAGUUCACUUACGCGGCAAUUUAUAUAUCGAAUAUAAUACGGAAAGAGAAGCGGCUAGAGCUUGGCGAAAUCUUAAAGGGCGUUGGUAUGCGGGUAAAAAACUUCACUGUGAAUUUGUGAAUAUGCCAUCUUGGAGAAGCGCUAUUUGUGGCAUGCACAACUGUCCAAAAGGUAACAGAGGCUGCAAUUUUCUUCAUACCUUUCGAAAUCCGUAUAAUAAAUAUAACAUUAAGAGUCCGCCGCGUUGGGUACAAAAAACUCUUCAAGAAUCGAGUAGCAAGAGAAGCGAUCAUAAAAAUAAAUCCGAUUGGGAAUCUAUUGAACCAAAUGGCGAAGACGAUCGCAAUUGGAGAUGGUCUCAGUCGCCUGAAAUUGAACUGGAUCGUUGUUCGAAAAAUUCAGAGAAGAAACGUUGCCGUUCCACAGAAAGAAAACGAUCACAUAAAUCUUCUCGUGAUAAAAAGAAAAAUGGCCACAGCGAAAGAUCAAGUGCGAGGAGCACGAUAUCAUCCGAGAAACAUCAUCGAUCGAGCCACAAAAAAACUUGUAACGACGAGAUUGAAGAUGACAAUAUAUCUGAUAAUCCUUCUUCUAAAAAACGUAAAAAAAACACUAGCUCGAAAAAUAACCAUAAACUUACCAAGCGAAGGCAUUAA